CAGUUGCAUGCGUACAGUUAGUUAGCGCCGGUUUUGGAAAGGAAAGUCUGGCGCAAUGGCUGAUGAAAUAGAAAAGGCUCAGGGCGCAAAGCCAGGAGGCGACACUAUUUUUGGAAAAAUAAUUCGUAAAGAGAUUCCUGCCAAUAUAUUUUUUGAAGAUGACCAGUGCAUAGCCUUCCACGACGUUGCUGCUCAGGCACCCACUCACUUUCUGGUGGUCCCGAGGAAGCCCAUAACCCAAAUCUCUAAAGCGGAGGAGGCUGAUGCUGCACUACUGGGUCACAUGAUGAUCGUGGCCAAGAAGUGUGCCGACCAGUUGGGGCUGUCCAAAGGAUACCGUCUGGUACUGAACGAGGGGCCGGACGGCGGCCAAUCCGUCUACCACAUCCACAUUCACGUCAUGGGCGGCCGCCAGAUGGGCUGGCCCCCCGGCUAAGCCGAGCCACUUGUGGACACCUCUGCCCUUCUCUCAUCUAUCUGUGAUCCAGUAUCAGUAGCCUAUUCACGUCAGAUGCGUUUGUCUGUGUGUCACUUCAUCACGUCUGACUUAUGUUGAAACAAUUGAGACAAAUAAAAGCACUUAAUAUCAAAA